AUGGAUGCCCUUGGUGUUGAAUGUGGAUCGUGCCCUCACCUCACGCACAACCUGAAAUCCAUCAGCUUCAAUCCACCCGAUAAAUCUUCAUCAACCGCAUCAAUUGCCCGGCUAGCUCAAUCGGUAGAGCGUGAGACUCUUAAUCUCAAGGUUGUGGGUUCGACCCGUAAGCACCAGACGCCUAUCCUGAAUAUCGUCGCACAUUUCACUAACAAUAACCAGCCACGUCGGGCUCAAUUCCCGUCAGCGAUUGAACUAGCAACCGUAUCUUUUUGCUCGUCUUAUGCUGAAGCAUCUGUCCUUUUUGACGAAACUCGUCCCCCGAUCACCACAGAUCAUCCCCCUCUCCCUGGUCUUGGCAUCGUCAUCAAGGAACCCAAUAAGACUCACUUGACUCUAAGACGCUCUUCAAAUUUCGCCAUGGCUGCAGGCAUCUUGGCAGAACUUGGCAUCGCGGCGUUUGACGCUCCGGUCCGGGUCGUAGUAUCGCGGGUUGAGCCUAAAUGCCACGCUUGUUUCGCCAAGGAGGGUGGCAGCGGCAACUAUCUCGAUUGUCCACUUACCAAUAUCGAGUUUGAACAACAAUGCCCAUUGAAGUAUAGUUCAGGGAAGGCUGCCAAGGUCACGGAAUGGCGCCCAUGGACGCAAGAGCCGGUAUGUGUCGGCCCAAAGUCAAACAAGACACUACAACACUGCGCUUUCAUCAAAGAAGACUUUCGGGGGAACAAAGGUCUUCUCGUAAUCACAAGCCCAGAGGUUGCAGCCGGUGAUGUCAGCCUCGUUGAGGAUUUUGACACCCAAUUGGCCAGUACUCAACCUUCACCUGAUUCUGCCGACCCACUCCCCUUCGAUGUUGAGACGAUACCGGGUAAAGGUUUAGGAGCUGUCGCAAACAUCCGCAUCCGCGCGGGGGAUGUCAUCUUGAGGGAACACCCUGUCGUUGUGCAAUUGGCGCAAGUAUCUGAGCCGAUUAGCUGGAUGCAGGCUCUGUGGGUGUUAGAGGAGGGCUUCAUUCGGCUGCCGAGAGAGGAUCAGCAAAGAGUGUUUGAACUUUCUAGGAGCACCGGGGGCCAUGUUCUGGAAGAUAUCAUCCGAACAAACACAUUUGGCGCAAGUUUCAAUAACGUUGCCCACCUUGGACUGUUUCCACAGGUCGCGAGAAUCAAUCAUGCUUGUAAGCCCAAUGCAAUAACCCGCUUCUCGCCCCGGACAUUGGAACUAGAAAUCGUGGCGUACAAAGACAUCUUGCCGGGCGAGGAACUAAGCAUCAGUUACUCGAUGCUAAACAUGCUGUACCAAGACCGGCAAAAGGCUCUUCAAGAGUGGGGUUUCAACUGCACCUGCGUGCUCUGUAGUUCCUCUCCCGAAGUGCUGGCCAUCUCAGAUGCUUACCGCAGACGGCUGUCGGAGAUCUUCUCGGAGCUCGAGGACCCAGUCAUCGCAGGCUCACCGUCUUUGGUGGCGGAGCUGAUCGACGAGCUUGAAGAUAUCCUGGUGAAAGAAGAGUUGACGGCGCAGGCGGGCGAGUUCUAUAGCAUAGUUGCUGGGGUGUACCGUAACAUGGGGGAGAUGGAGUUAAGUAAGAAGUAUGCAAAGUUGGCGGUGGAGAAGCUGGUGGUCUUUGCGGGGUACGACGACGAGAGGACGGUAAGGGCAAGGGAAGUUCUUCUGGAAUUUGGGGGAACGCAACUCGGCACGGGUUCACGGAUCAACGGGGUAUAA